AUGUCCACCAAGGCACCCAUCUACCUGAAGCGAGGCAGCCGCAAGGGCAAGAAGGAGAAGCUCCGGGACCUGCUGUCCUCGGACAUGAUCAGCCCGCCGCUGGGCGACUUCCGCCACACCAUCCACAUCGGCAGCGGCGGGGGCGGCGACAUGUUCGGGGACAUCUCCUUCCUGCAGGGCAAGUUCCACCUCCUCCCGGGGACGGCCGUCGAGGGGCCCGAGGAGGACGGCAGCUUCGCCCUCCCCUUCCAGUUCGCCCCCGCCGCCCUGUGCGGGCAGGAGCUCCCCGCGGGGCCGUCCCCGCUGCUCAAGAACGCCAUCUCCCUCCCCGUCAUCGGCGGGCCCCAGGCCCUCACCCUGCCCACGGCCCAGGCCCCCCCCAAGCCGCCGCGCCUGCACCUGGAGACCCCGCAGCCGUCCCCGCAGCCGUCCCCGCAGGAGGCGGGGGGUGUGGACGUGUGGAGGAUUCCAGAGGCCGGCUCGGCCCCCAACGGGCUGACCCCUGAGUCGGGGGCUGAGGAGCCCUUCCUGUCCCACGCCAGCUCCCUGCUCUCCCUGCACGUGGACCUGGGGCCGUCCAUCCUGGACGACGUGCUCCAGAUCAUGGACCAGGACCUGCAGGUCCGCACAUAG